ACAUUAUAUUCAUAUAUUUUUCAUUCUCGUCUAUUAAGUCUAAUUUCUUAUUUUAUUCCUCGUUAUGAGAUUAUUGUAUUAAAAGUCCAUUUAGACCAUUUCAACAGCAAAGUUAUUUACAUUAACAUUUUACUAAUUAUAAAAUGUAAUGAUUGUUACUUUGAUACAAUGAAUUAAACAUUCCAUUAGUAUUAUCAUCAGACUGACCUAUAUAGUUAUAAUUAAUAUCUUCAAAAUGAUGCAAUUUAUGCUGUUAUUCAGCCGCCAAGGCAAAUUGCGGUUGCAAAAAUGGUACGUGGCGCAUCCUGACAAACUAAAGAAGAAAAUCACACGUGAACUAAUCACAACUGUCCUGGCAAGGAAACCUAAGAUGUGUUCCUUUUUGGAGUGGAAAGACGUCAAAGUAGUUUACAAGAGAUAUGCAUCGCUGUACUUCUGCUGUGCUAUGGAACAAGAAGAUAAUGAGCUACUCACUUUGGAGCUUAUCCAUCGCUAUGUGGAACUCUUAGACAAGUAUUUUGGAAGUGUUUGCGAACUUGAUAUAAUAUUCAACUUCGAAAAGGCCUACUUCAUAUUGGACGAGUUGGUGUUAGGUGGUGAGUUGCAGGAGACCAGCAAGAAGAAUGUUCUGAAGGCCAUCGCUGCACAGGAUCUGCUCCAAGAGGACGAGACGGUGGAUGCCGCACUUCGGGAGGUGGGCCUCCUAUGAGACCUGUCGACUUGGACUGCACCAGAUAACCUCCGGACCACGCGCACAGCACCGCUAUUGUAGUUUCUACAGGCCAUUCGCAAAGAUGGCGCUAGUGUCUUCCACAACUGGUGGAAAGUUUCAUAAUUGUUAUACAAAGCAUUUUUUGUACCUUGUGUGAUAACGAUUUUAUUUUUUAAUAUAUCUUUAAAAAAAUCUUCGCCAUAAAUAUAAAAAAAUAGUCUUUAUUAUAGGUAAUAUUAAUAAUAAUAAAAUAUUAUGAAUAAUAUAGAAAUAGUAUACAUUCUGUGUACUCUUUUCUAGUAAGGCUACUGGACUGAACAGAUUUGUAUGUAUAUUAAAUUGUACAACACAUGGGGAGUGCCCACCAUGAGCGUCUAUAGGCGUCUGUUACCACUUACCAUCAGGUGGGCCGUCAACAACAUUUAAUUUUUAAAUUGUUAUUCAAAUACAAUAAUAUUAUUGUUUACUUAAAGAUAUCAGUAUAUGUACAAUUUAAUUAUUCCCUAAAAUUUGUAAGUGAUUAUUUUCAAACGACCACACAUUCCCUACUAACUGCCGUACCUGCAUUUGCUAUAUUUAUUCAAAGUUAUUUAUCUUGUAUAUGUGUUAUCAAUGAUGGCUUUGGUACCUAAUGUUCCAUUAUAUAAGAAUCUAGUACCAAUACUUAUACAUAAGUAUAUAUGUACUUAUCCAAAAGCAUACCAAGUGCAUUUACAUCCUAGGUGUUUCAACUCCUAGACAUAGAAUACCUAAAAUAUGUAAAUAAAACACUUUAUUCUAGAAGUUAUGAGAAUCGAAAUAUGUAUUGAAUAUUCUAUUGCAAUUUUUACAAUAUAUUAACUACCAAAGCGAGCGUUUAUCUUAAUUUCAAUGUUGAAGGCAAAAUGUAUCCAUAUUUUUUUAAUUUUUUUUUUCAAUUUAUUAUUAUUACUUAUUGUUACCUUUUGUUAUUUUUUUUUAUAUUUACAUAGUUUAACGUUAGUUGAUUCAUAAAUCCGAAUUAUUAUUGUUC